CUUCAACACCACUCUGCGAACCACAACAGCUCCAGCAGUCCUCUCACAAUCUCACAGCCGCCACCAUGUCCGAGCGAAAAGUACUCUCCAAAUACUACCCCCCCGACUUCGACCCCUCGAAAAUCACCCGCACGCGCGGGCCCAAGCAAGCGGGGCCUAAAGUCCAAGUCGUGCGCCUCAUGGCCCCCUUCAGCAUGAAGUGCCUCCACUGCGGCGAAUACAUCUACAAAGGCCGCAAGUUCAACGCGCGCAAAGAAACCACAGACAUCAAAUACUACGCCAUCACCAUCUACCGCUUCUACAUCCGCUGCACGCGGUGCUCGGGUGAAAUCACCUUCAAAACGGACCCCGCGAACAUGGACUACGAGUGCGAGCGGGGCGCGAAGCGGAACUUCGAGCCGUGGCGCGAGGCGAAGCUGGCGGAGGAGACGGAAGAGCAACGGUUGGACAGGUUAGAGAGGGAGGAGGCGGAGCGGGAUGUUAUGAAGGAGCUGGAGGCGAAGACGAUUGACGCGAAGACGGAGAUGGCGAUCGCGGAUGCGUUGGACGAGAUUCGGUCGCGGAAUGCGAGGAUCGAGAAGGCGGAGAAGGAUGGCGGGACGACGGCGGUAGAGCGUGAUGUUGUAGGGGAGGAGCGGCGGCGGCAGGAAGAGGAGGACGCUGAGGCUGCGAGGAAAGCGUUCGAGAGCAAGAAGAUGCCUGAUCUUGAGGAGGAGAUCAUCGAGAUGGACGGGCCUUCGACUGAUGGCGAAGGUUCUGUCGCCAGUUCGCCAACCAUGAGUGCAUCGACCGUGGCCAUGCCUCCGCCGCCGGUCCCGGCCUUCAAGCGACAGGUCAAAAAGAAGAAGGAUUUCAGUGCGGCACUGGGGAUCAAGAAGAAGCCUUCUUUGGUGUAAAGUUGAUUGUUAUUGUACGGCGUUCUAGCGUUCUUGCAUUAUACGGUUAUAUCCUAGCGAAAUCAAUGUCUCACAUCGGACUCCAAACAUCAUAGUGGAGUCUCAGUGGAACAUUUGCUUCUUCAAUGUCCAAGAAGUAUCCCAAUAUUUACUCAACAACAGUACGAACAUAGACCACUUCGUUCCUCGUUCCG